AAUAGUACCUGUCCAUUCUCCGAAUUAGGUUGACAAUUUUUGGCCCCCGAUACGCCGUCCGAUACACCCCUGUCCCAUCUUUCAAUGAAUCCUCCUGCAGCGUGAUGAGACGAGUGAGGCGGCUCUGUCUAAUGAGGGGUCGAAUACCUUAAUUGCUCUUCUUCCAAAUGACCUGAGGCCCGAAGUCGUUGUCUUCCGUCUGAAUAUCCGCUAGGCCACUAUGGCGCCCCUCGCCACCGAACCGCGCCAGGUUCUCACCGUCCUGAACCUGGCCAGGCGCAAGGCUCUCUACACCCUCCUAGUCGAAAUCACAGCCUUUAUGCGUUCCCAGCUCGAAUUCCACGAGCUUGCCGGAAACUCGAGCCCCGCCCCUCUACUAAUCGACCCCUCGGCCGAGAACAGCAUCGUCAUCCCCGCGGGGGCCGGCGUCACGGACAAGACCCCGCCCAACCCAGCCCUCGUGCGCCUGCGUGCCGCCGCCAUCGAGCACUUUGACGCCUGGCGCAAGGAUGUCCUAGCCCGCCUCAAGGAGGUCCUCUCCACCCCCGACGACGCCGCCAUCGUCGAGGAGCGCCGCAAGCGGACCGAGCGACUUGCGCAACUGCAGCGCCAGAAACAGCAGCAACCGCCGCAGCAGCAGCAGCGAGGCGGUAACAGCUCGGCUGCCGGCCGCGGCGCGGACCUGCUCGGCUCGUGGGACGCCUGGCCGGAGGAGGGCGGGGAUGGCGGGGCCAUGUCAGAGCAGGCGAAGGCGGUGGUGGAGGCGGAGGAGGAAGAGGACCCCGCCGAGGCCGUCGCCCGUCUGCAGUCGCACUGGCACCCCAUCCCGACGCGGCUGGUGACGCUGUCGGAGGAGGACCGCAGGGAGACGCUCAGCUGCGUGCUGCUGGCGCUGCUGUUUACGGGCCACUACUCGGCCGACUCGCGGGCGAUGGCCGUCUAUCUCGCGUCGGCGCUGGAGCUGCCGCUGGCCGUGCUGAAUGCUGAGGAGGUCGAGAUUGCGGUGUCGCUGGUCGAGCGCUCGGCCCAGGCGGAGAGGCAGCAGCGGACUAUGUCGGCCGAGGCGGAGGCCGAGAAGCGGAAGCAGCAGAAUCAGUCGAGCCGGUAUUGGAAGGUUGGUCUAGCUUCGGUGGCGGGGGCUGCCCUUAUUGGAGUGACUGGCGGCCUCGCUGCUCCUGUUGUUGCGGGCGCCAUUGGCGGCAUCAUGGGGUCAGUAGGCCUGGGGGGUGUUGCGUCCUUUCUGGGUAUCUUCUGGAUGAACGGCGCACUUGUGGGGACGCUGUUUGGCGCAUUUGGAGCCAGGAUGACGGGAGAGAUGGUCGACCAAUAUGCCAGAGAAGUCAAGGACUUCCGCUUCAUCCCCCUGAAAGACGAGUGGGGCACAAGGGGCAGCAACAAGAACGACAGGCGUCUCCGGGUAACCAUCGGCAUCAACGGCUGGCUGGGCACGAAAGACGAUGUUACCAAGCCAUGGCGCGCUCUCGGUGAUGAUUCCGAGGCGUUCGCCUUGCGGUACGAGAUGAGUAGCCUCCUGGGGCUUGGCAAGACGUUGAAAGACUUGGUCUCUUCCUACGCCUGGAAUACGGUGAGGGUCGAGAUCCUCAAGAGGACCGUCUUAGCAACCAUGUGGUCUGCUCUUUGGCCAGCUUACCUUCUGUCAUCGGCCUCCGCCAUUGACAAUCCCUUUAGUCUCGCCAAGAACAGGUCAGAAAAGGCAGGUGAAAUCCUGGCCGACGCCCUCAUCAACAAAGUACAGGGUGAACGCCCAGUCACACUUAUUGGCUACUCGCUCGGCGCUAGGGUUAUCUACUCAUGCCUCCGCACGCUCGCCGCACGGCGGGCUUUCGGCUUGGUCGAUUCAGUCGUCUUCAUCGGUGCCCCUAUCCCAUCGAACAGACAGCACUGGCAGAUGAUCCGCACCGUGGUAUCGGGCAAACUCUUUAAUGUCUACUCCGAGAACGACUAUCUCCUCGCGUUUCUAUACCGCGCAACCUCCAUGCAGCUCGGGAUCGCCGGUCUGCAGGAGAUCAAAGACAUCGAAGGGGUCGAGAACCUCAACCUAACGGAGGAGGUUCAGGGACAUAUGCGAUACGCCAAGAUCAUUUCAAAGAUCCUCGCUAAAUGUGGUAUCCCCGUUGUCCGUGGCGCUGGCGGGCCGAUCGAGGAAGACGAGGAUAUGAUCAGGCUGAGCGACCUGGACAAAGAGAGCACGAACCUCAUCGACCUCGACGGUCCAAACAUCACGGCCCCUCCUAGCAUAAGCCAGCCCGCGGCCCCGCCCGUGUACAAUCCCACACCGGCGCCCCAACAACCCACACCAGCGUCCCAACCGCCCCCGGCCCAGCGUAGCAAGCAGCGAACGACCGUAAACAGGGCCAGGCCGUCCGCCGUCGCAGUCACCCAAGAUCUUUUAGGCCUCGACAUAUCAGACACCCCGGCGCCGAGCCAAAGCAGGCCAGCGAAACCCGCCGCGCCAUCACCCCAACCACAAGCUGCCGUCCCUCAGCGGAACCCAAGCCCGCCCAAGCCAGUGCCCUCUCAACAAACAAACACCAAACCCACGACACCCCAACACACAGCCACCCCCCUACCACCCCACCCCACGCCCACCCGUGCGGCAUCCUCAGCUUCCGCACCUCCCGCGCCUGCAUCUCAACUGCCAGCCCCACACAGACCAGUGCUCACAUCCUCACACAGCCAGAAUGCGGUGGAUUAUGUCGAUGAUGACGACAGCGAUGAGGAGGGCGGAAUGGGGAUUACGAUGGUGGAUAACGAUGAGGGGCUGGAGUAUUGCGACCCGACGCCGCUCGAGGAGCAUUCGAGCUGGAGGUGAUGGACGGGAAUGGUAAGGGAUGGGCAAGCAAGCGGGUGUUGGGAGUUAGAUAUGUAAAGUUUAUGGACAAAACGUGCCCAGCAUGU